AUGGCCACUCAGAAGACAGUGGGCUUAGGAGGGGCGUGUCUCAAAGAGACAGGAGCAUACUGCCUUUUCAGACUGUGUCCUAUGAACAGAUACUCGGCACAGAAACAAUUCUGGAAGGCUGCAAAACCUGGAGGCAACAGCACCACUGACACAGUCCUCCUCACCAAACUCCAUCAUGCUGCUGACCUGGAGAAGAAGCAGAAUGAGUCUGAAAAUCGCAAGCUGCUGGGGACAGUCAUCCAGUAUGGAAAUGUUAUUCAGUUGCUGCAUUUGAAAAGCAAUAAAUACCUGACAGUGAACAAGCGCCUUCCUGCACUGUUGGAGAAGAAUGCCAUGAGAGUGACUCUGGACUCAGCGGGAAAUGAGGGAUCCUGGUUCUACAUCCAGCCCUUCUACAAGUUGCGGUCCCUGGGAGACAGUGUGGUGAUAGGAGAUAAAGUGGUCCUUAACCCUGUGAAUGCAGGACAGCCUCUACAUGCCAGCAGCCACCAGCUAGUUGACAACCCAGGAUGCAAUGAGGUUAAUUCUGUAAAUUGCAACACUAGCUGGAAAGUUGUUUUAUUCAUGAAAUGGAGUGACAACAAGGAAACAAUACUUAAAGGGGGUGAUGUAGUCCGGUUGUUCCAUGCAGAGCAGGAGAAGUUCCUCACUUGUGACGACCACAGGAAGAACCAGUAUGUUUUUCUUAGAACAACCGGCAGGCAGUCUGCCACUUCCGCUACCAGCAGCAAAGCUCUGUGGGAAGUAGAGGUGGUCCACCAUGACCCAUGUAGGGGAGGUGCAGGCUACUGGAACAGCCUGUUUAGAUUUAAACACUUGGCCACAGGUUGUUAUUUGGCUGCUGAGAUGGGUGAGGUGAAUGCAGACUUUGAGGAGGAGAGUGCUGAGCAGCGGUCUGCGGUGGUGGACUUUACACCCUUUAAUUUCCAGCUGGAUGCAGAUAAUGAAGCUUUACGAGGUCGUCUGCGAGCUCCACAGGAGAAGAUCAUGUACACUUUGGUGCCAGUUCCCGACGGCAUGGACAUCUCCUCCAUCUUUGAGCUGGACCCUACCACUCUGAGAGGCGGGGACUCCAUGGUACCCAGGAGCUCCUAUGUGAGGCUAAGACACUUGUGCACCAACACGUGGGUUCACAGCACCAACAACCCCAUUGACAAAGAGGAGGAGAAACCUGUUAUGCUACGGAUUGGAACGUCAGCAGUAAAAGAGGACAAGGAAGCUUUUGCUAUUGUUCCGGUGCCGCCAGCAGAAGUGCGUGAUUUAGACUUUGCCAAUGAUGCAAGUAAAGUGUUGGCGUCCAUUGCAGGGAAGCUUGAAAAGGGCACCAUUACACAAAAUGAAAGAAGGUUCGUGACCAAGCUCCUGGAAGAUCUAGUGUUCUUUGUUGUGGACAUCCCCAACAGCGGGCAGGAUGUUUUGGAGAUAAUGGUUAACAAACCUAACAGAGAAAGACAGAAACUCAUGAGAGAGCAAAAUAUCCUGAAGCAGAUUUUCAAACUUCUCCAAGCCCCUUUCACAGACAGUGGUGACGGUCCUAUGCUGCGACUGGAGGAGCUUGGAGACCAGCGGCAUGCUCCUUUUAGACAUAUUUGCAGGCUUUGCUACAGGGUGUUACGCCAUUCUCAGCAGGAUUACAGGAAGAACCAGGAGUACAUAGCCAAACAGUUCCGCUUCAUGCAGAAGCAGAUAGGAUAUGAUGUACUGGCAGAAGACACGAUAACGGCUCUGCUCCACAAUAACCGGAAGCUGCUAGAGAAACACAUCACUGCUGCUGAGAUAGACACAUUUGUCACUCUAGUGAGGAAGAACCGGGAGCCGAGGUUUCUGGACUACCUCUCAGACCUCUGUGUGUCCAUGCAUAAGUCCAUCCCUGUGACACAGGAGCUGAUCUGCAAUGCCGUACUGGACCCUACCAAUGCUGAUAUCCUCAUCGAAACCAAAUUGGUCCUGUCGAGGUUUGAGAUUGAGAUAACGACAAAUGGAGAGAACCCCAUGGAGGCCGAGGAUGAAGAGGAGGUCUGGCUGUUCUGGAAAGACAACUGUAAGGAGAUCCGGAGUAAGAGCAUCCGGGAGUUGGCCCAGGAUGCAAAGGAGGGCCAGAAGGACGACCAAGAUGUUGUCAGUUACUACAGGUGCCAGCUCAACCUCUUUGCCCGGAUGUGUCUGGACCGUCAGUACCUGGCUAUCAACAAGAUCUCUGGUCAGCUGGAUGUGGAUUUGAUCCUGCGCUGUAUGUCUGAUGAGGACCUGCCCUUUGACUUGCGGGCGUCUUUCUGCCGCCUGAUGCUGCACAUGCAUGUGGACCGUGACCCCCAGGAGCAGGUCACACCUGUCAAAUAUGCCCGUCUUUGGUCUGAGAUCCCUUCUCAGAUUGCCAUUGAUGACUAUGACAACGAUGGAACCACCAGAGAUGAGAUCAAAGAGCGGUUCUGCCUCACAAUGGAUUUUGUGGAGAACUACUUGAGAGAGGUGGUGUCACAGAACAUCCCCUUCUCUGACAGAGAGAAAAACAAACUUACCUUUGAGGUAGUGAACCUGGCAAGGAACCUCAUAUACUUUGGUUUCUACAACUUCAGUGACCUGCUUCGACUGACAAAGAUCUUACUGAACAUUUUAGACUGUGUCCAUGUCAGCACAAUUUACCCCAUCAACAAGUUGGAAAAGGGAGAGGAAACCAAAGCUGGCAGUAAUGUGAUGAAGUCCAUUCAUGGAGUCGGGGAGUUGAUGACCCAGGUAGUGCUGCGAGGAGGUGGCUUGUUGCCCGCCACACCAACUCAUCAGCCGGAGGGAGAUGUGGUUAAAACACAGACUGAACCAGAGAGGGAAGACAUCAUGGUCAUGGACACAAAGCUCAAGGUCAUUGAGAUUCUACAGUUCAUUUUGAAUGUACGGCUAGACUACAGGAUCUCCUGCCUGCUUUGUAUUUUCAAACGGGAGUUUGACGAGAACAACCCACAAACAGACAAUGCUGCCAGCCAGAAUGGAACCAAUAAUGUCCCAGGUCAGAUGCCAGGAAAUCUUGACUUUGAGAACAUUGAAGAACAGGCAGAGGGGAUUUUUGGAGGAAGUGAGGAGAACACUCCACUGGACCUGGAUGACCACGGUGGUCGUACCUUUCUAAGGGUCCUGCUGCACUUGACCAUGCAUGAUUAUCCUCCUCUCGUGUCUGGAGCGCUUCACCUGCUCUUCAGACACUUCAGCCAGAGGCAGGAGGUCCUCAUGGCCUUCAAACAAGUCCAGCUGCUGGUGACCAGCCAGGAUGUGGAUAACUACAAGCAGAUUAAGACAGAUUUGGACCAGCUGCGUUCUAUUGUGGAGAAGUCUGAACUGUGGGUUUAUAAGAGGCAAGGUGAAGAUGGGAUGGACGGAGAUGGACCUUCAGAGUCUGACAAUAAAAAGAAGGGAGACUCACUUAGUUCAGACAAGAAGAAGACAGAAAGCUCCAGCAGUUACAACUACAGAGUUGUAAAAGAGAUCCUGCUGCGUCUCAGUAAGCUGUGUGUCCAGGAGGGAAGCUCAGGGAAGAAGAGUAAGAAACAGCAGCAGAGGCUGCUGAGGAACAUGGGAGCUCACAGUGUAGUGCUUGAGCUCUUACAGAUCCCCUAUGAGAAGGGUGAGGAUGUCCGAAUGCAGGAGAUCAUGAAACUGGCUCACGAGUUCCUGCAGAAUUUCUGUGCAGGGAAUCAGCAGAAUCAGGCUCUUCUCCACAAGCAUAUCAACUUGUUUCUUAACCCAGGGAUUCUAGAAGCCGUCACCAUGCAGCACAUCUUCAUGAAUAACUUCCAGCUGUGCAGUGAGAUCAACGAGCGAGUGGUUCAGCACUUUGUUCACUGCACGGAGACUCACGGUCGACAUGUCCAAUAUCUCAAGUUCCUGCAGACCAUCGUGAAGGCUGAGAACAAGUUCAUCAAGAAGUGUCAGGACAUUGUCAUGGCUGAGUUGGUGAACUCGGGCGAGGAUGUCCUGGUCUUCUACAACGACCGUGCCUCCUUCCAGACCCUAGUCCAAAUGAUGCGUUCAGAGAGGGACCGAAUGGAUGAAAACAGCCCUUUAAUGUACCACAUCCACCUGGUGGAACUGCUGGCUGUCUGCACUGAGGGCAAGAACGUCUACACUGAGAUUAAGUGCAACUCUCUGCUUCCCCUGGAUGAUAUUGUACGGGUCGUCACCCAUGAAGACUGUAUCCCUGAGCGGUCCUUCUUCCAUCGUUUAACAGGGGACAACAAGUCCGAAAAAUUCUUCAAGGUGUUUUACGAGCGCAUGAAGUUGGCUCAGCAGGAGAUAAAAGCCACUGUAACGGUCAAUACAAGUGACCUGGGCAGCAAAAAGAAGGAAGAUGAGCCACCAGACAAAGACACGCUAGCACGCAAGAAAGUCAAAGAUGUGCCGGUGGUGGCAGUGGUGACCGAGGAGGUGAAGGAGCAGCUAGUGGAGGCCUCCGCUGUCACCAAGAAAGCCUUCACAACCUACCGCCGCGAGGCUGAAGCCGAAGAGCACCAAGCGGCCGCUGAUGGCUCUCCCGUCCCGGCCGCUGAUAAGGGCCAGGAGGAAGGAGAGAUGAGUGUCAUCAUCACCAUCAUGCAGCCCAUCUUGCGCCUCAUGCAGCUGCUCUGUGAGAACCACAACAGAGAUCUGCAGAACUUUUUGCGCAACCAGAAUAACAAGAACAACUAUAAUCUGGUAUGUGAGACACUUCAGUUUCUGGACUGUAUCUGUGGCAGCACCACUGGGGGACUAGGGCUGCUGGGACUCUACAUCAAUGAGAAGAACGUAGGACUCAUCAACCAGACUGUGGAGAGCCUGACCGAGUACUGCCAAGGUCCCUGUCAUGAGAACCAGAACUGCAUUGCCACUCAUGAAUGCAAUGGUAUUGACAUCAUCAUUGCUCUCAUCCUCAAUGACAUCAACCCCCUUGGCAAGAAGAGGAUGGAUCUGGUGCUGGAGCUCAAAAAUAAUGCCUCCAAGCUGCUUCUUGCAAUUAUGGAAAGUCGCCAUGACAGCGAGAACGCUGAGAGGAUACUGUACAAUAUGAGGCCUAAAGAGCUGGUGGAAGUGAUCAAAAAGGCCUACAUGCAGGGUGAGAUAGAGGUGGAGGAGCCGCAGGAGGGUGAGAAUGAAGAGGAGGAGCACUCUGCGUCUCCACGCAAUGUUGGUCAUAAUAUCUACAUCUUGGCACAUCAAUUAGCCCGUCACAACAAGGAACUGCAGGCUAUGUUAAAGCCAGGGGGGACAUAUGGAGAGGGUGACGAGGCCCUGGAGUUCUAUGCCAAACACACAGCUCAGAUUGAGAUUGUACGACUGGAUCGCACCAUGGAGCAGAUAGUCUUCCCUGUGCCCAACAUCUGUGAGUUCCUCACCCAAGAGUCCAAGCUGCGUGUCUACUACACCACAGAGCGGGAUGAGCAAGGCAGCAAGAUCAAUGACUUCUUCCUGCGCUCUGAGGACCUCUUUAAUGAGAUGAACUGGCAGAAGAAGCUGCGAGCUCAGCCCAUCCUGUACUGGUGCUCCAGGAACAUGUCAUUCUGGAGCAGCAUCUCCUUCAACCUGGCUGUGCUCAUGAACCUGCUCGUGGCCUUCUUCUACCCUCUGGAGGGCGUCCGUGGAGGUACCCUGGAGCCCCAUCUGUCUGCCUUGCUGUGGAUGGCCAUGCUGCUUUCUCUGGCUAUAGUCAUCGUCUUGCCUCAGCCUCACGGCAUCCGGGCGCUCAUUGCUUCCACCAUUCUACGUCUGAUCUUCUCUGUAGGCCUGGAGCCCACGUUGCUCCUGCUGGGGGGUUUCAAUUUAUGCAAUAAGGUCAUCUUCCUGAUGAGCUUCGUUGGGAACCGCGGAACGUUCACGCGUGGCUACAUAGCCAUGAUCAUGGAUGUGGAGUUCCUGUACCACUUGCUCUACCUGAUUAUCUGCAGCCUGGGGGUCUUCGUCCAUGUCUUCUUUUACAGCCUGCUACUCUUUGAUCUGGUUUACCGAGAAGAGACAUUGCUGAACGUAAUAAAGAGUGUGACCCGCAAUGGCCGUUCCAUUGUUCUGACAGCCGUGCUGGCCCUUAUCCUCGUCUACCUCUUCUCCAUUGUGGGCUAUAUCUUCUUCAAAGACGAUUUCAUUUUGGCUGUCGACAGGAUACCCAACAAAACACUAGAACAUGCAGCCAGUAUGGUGGGAGAGUUCUUCUCUAGCGGAGUGUGCCAGAAAGAAAAUGGGGAGAACUGUUCAUCAGAGGCCGUGAUGGAUGCUUCCCUUGCCAUCCAGCCAUCAGCGGUGGUGAUCGAGGACAAGGAGCGAACAUGUGACUCCCUGCUCAUGUGCAUUGUCACAGUAUUGAGUCACGGCCUCAGGAGUGGAGGAGGUGUUGGGGACGUCCUGCGGAAGCCAUCCAAAGAGGCAGAUGGCAAGGUGGUCGAUGGCAGCCUGCUGGGAGAUGCCAACGGCGUCGAGCCUGCACCAGGCAGAGUUAAGGAUUCUGGGAAGUGGCAGAAACCGCGGUUCUCUCGGAAAGCUCUGAUGAAGUGCUGCCUGGUCAAAUGGAUCAUCGCCAGCACGCAGCCACAGGACAAAGUCCUUACCCCUCCCUUCAUGACCUCCUUCCGUACCUCGUCAUUUCCUGCCCUGCCUCUUCUUUUCCUUCACUGA